CGGGCUCAACUAUUUCCUGUGGAAAUCCCAAACGCUCGGCUCCUCCUCCCCACGGCGCGUGUUUGUGGGCUGGGGGUGGGUGGGUGAGAGAGAGAGAGAGACUGGCUGAGGAGGAGCAGAGCAUCGCCUGCUGCCGCUUCUGCCGCUUGCGCCUGCCUCUGUCUUCCUCGUCGUCGUCUUUUUCGCCAGCCUCCUUCGCGUUGCCUGCGGCCUCCCGGCGCUGCCAACCAUGCCCCAGCCGCAGCAGCAGCAGCAGAGGUGGUGGCGGCGGCGGCAGCGGCAUUCCUAGCCUGCUCGCGGAACCUACCUACGGACCGACCGACCUUCCCCUCUUUCCCCUGGGCGCGCGCCCCCUCCCCCGUCCUCCCCGGGCGGGAGAGAGAGGCUCCUGCGUUGCCUCUCCCAAUGGGCAGUUUGCUGAGCGGGGUCAGCUUCAAGGAGCCCACCACGGUGGAGGACUGCGACUCUACCUGGGAGACGGACUCCGAGCCCGAGCUCCAGGACUCCGGGGGGGAAGAAGGGACGCCGCUCGAGGGGCUGGGGGGCGGAGAAGAAGGAGGCGGCGGCGGCGGCGGCGGCGACCCAGCUGAGGACGAACAGCAGCAGCAGCAGCAGCAGGGGGAACCGCUCCCUGCGGCAAGCUGCCGGCCGGAAGACGCCGAGCCCAGAGAAGGGGUUGCUGAGGAGCCUGAAGAAGAGGAGCUCGAGGAAGACGAGGACGACGAGGAAGAGGAGAAGGAGGAGGAGGAAGGCGAGGAUCAAGAGGGAGGGAGGCACGACGAAGCGGAAGCCGCCAGCACCGAGCAGGGGGAUGAUGCAAUUGAAGUGGCAGCUAAACCAAAGAGAAGCUUUUACGCUGCAAGAGAUUUGUACAAAUAUCGGCACCAAUAUCCACAGAACUUUAAAGAUCUGCGGUAUCAGAAUGAUUUGUGCAACCUCCGUUUUUACAAGAAUAAAAUUCCCUUUAAACCUGAUGGUGUUUAUAUUGAAGAAGUCCUAAAUAAGUGGAAAGGAGAUUAUGAAAAGUUGGAACACAAUCACACUUACAUACAGUGGCUUUUUCCAUUAAGAGAGCAAGGACUGAAUUUCUAUGCAAAGGAAUUAACAACAUAUGAAAUUGAGGAAUUCAAAAAAACAAAAGAAGCAAUUAGAAGAUUCCUGUUGGCUUACAAAAUGAUGCUGGAGUUUUUUGGAAUAAAAUUAAUUGAUAAAACCGGAAAUGUUGCACGAGCAUCUAAUUGGCAAGAACGAUUCCAGCACUUAAAUGAGUCCCAGCAUAACUACUUGAGGAUCACCCGCAUUCUGAAGAGUCUUGGCGAACUUGGGUACGAGAGUUUCAAACCUCCUCUUGUAAAAUUCAUUCUUCACGAAGCUCUUGUGGAAGACACCAUCUCCAACAUUAAGCAAAGCGCUUUGGAAUAUUUUGUAUAUACGAUUAGAGACCGGAGAGAGAGGAGGAAACUCCUGCGGUUUGCCCAGCAGCACUACACACCCUCUGACCACUUCAUAUGGGGGCCGCCGAGGAAGCAGAAGUUGGAAGGAAGCAAGCCAAGUAAAAAGCUGGCAUCGCCGGUUUCCCUCCGCAGCGGUUACGUUUCUAAACAUAAAAGUGGGAGAGAAUGCAAGAAUGUGCCUGUGGUUUGUAACUCAAGCGGCAAAGCAACCAAUGAAAAAAGGGCAGAACAUGCUAAAAAGGAUGACGAUUGUGACCGGAGCAGGAAACACGCCAGCCCUGAGGUUGUUAAGCAAAGCAUUGGUGAAAAGAAUAGCAAUGCUGAUUGUCAGAACUCCAUACUGGAAGAAACUGCUAAUCCUUCGAACCAGAAGGAGAACGUUUGCCAUCUUAAAAAACAUAAAGGCAAAAAUGAUGAAAACCUUAAUCAAGACUGCAGAAAUGCAGAACUGGUAGAAAAAGAUUGCCGUGACUGUAAAAGCGAUUCAACUAAUAUAUCAACAGAUCUGCAAGACAGUGUAGUUAAGGAUAAGAACCCAGGAGGAUCGAACAAAGAGGAGACUCGAGCAUAGACUAAAGUGUCUCAGUUAACUUGUAUGAAACUGGACAAGGAAAAGAAGAUCUUGACGCUGGGCCCAGUGCUUGGCCACCAAGGGGUUAUGCUCUCUUUCAUUUGACUCUUCUUAACUGUUUGCACUUUUCAGAACUGUGUAUUAAGCUUAAAAACAACUGCAGAAUCCUCAAGCCUGAGAACUCCUAUGCUAAGCUUUGCUCUCUUUGUGGAAACUAUUGAUUUCAGUUAUCCUCCCCCCCCCCAUCUUAUUAUAAUAUACAUUUUUUAAUCUUAGUUAUUUGGCAGCUAGGGUUCCAA